UAAUUUGACAUUUCACUUUGGUCCGUGUCCAAUUCAAUAACACAGAGAAGGCUGGGUUUGUGACCUGUACUGCAGCCAGCCACCAGGAGGCAAUUGAGAUUCACUGGCUUCACUUUUGGGGGGGGCAGUCAGUAUCAUUGCACAUCACUAACAUGCUCGUCACACUCAUUUAUCUGUCACUUCUUUUACAAUCUGGUCUGGCUGUUGUUGUUCAGCAGUCUGGAGAUCAAGCCUCUCGCCCAGGAGACAAAGUGAUGCUGGAGUGCAGCCUGGGUCCACGGUUCAGCAUGGGCAGUUACACCAUGUACUGGUACCGACAAAACCACUACGCAGCUCAGGUGGAGUUUCUCACCAAAGAAUACGACCAAAAUUUCUCCGACUGCGUACAAAUUCUCCAGCCUCCUUUUGUAUUCAGCCAUGACAAAGACAAAAGUGUGACGCUGAAGUGUGAACAAGAUGAUAAUCAAUAUUAUUACAUGUUCUGGUUUAGACAGAGAAACAGUGGGGAAUUAAAUCAGGUGGCAAGUUCUCCUGGAAAAGAUUCAUCGAACAUUGAGGCUCCUUUCAAAGAAGACAAGUACACCAUGUCAAGGCCGACACUGCUCAGCUCCUCUCUGCAGAUACACCCUGUUGAGGCUGGAGACUCAGCUGUGUAUUACUGCGCCUCUACAAUAGCACAGCGGUUCAGAGAGCCUCAGCAGCUGAACAACAACUUGAGGAACACACCAGGAAGAGAACAGGUGGAGGGGCGAGUAAAAGAGGCUAGACAUUAAUUGGUACUAGUUUCUCAGUUGUGAUUAGAAAUAAAAGAUGUCCCUCCUUUUAGGAUUUAUAACAGACACUUUAUAUUAUAUUCUAACGUUUGAGAUCAUACACUGACCUCUACAGGGUUCACGUGAGACUACAUGUGGGUGAGGUAGUAAAUAAAAUGUACUCUAUUGUGAAAUACUGCAAAAUCAUUUAAUGAAGCAUGUGUGAAAUUGUGUGGAUAUGUUGUAUUUGUACAAAUAUUUGCGAUAGAAAAAGGGGACACACUCCCGACUCAUUUGACAAAAGAAAAGUAAUGACCUGUUGAAGAUAGUUAGAAGAUAUGUUGUUUAGAUGCUGCUAUAAAUAUGAUUUAACUUGUAAAGAAAUGGAAGUUAUGGAAGUUAAGUUAGACAUUAUCAGUAGUGUUGUACUUCAUCAUGAUAUUCUGAUUUAUUUCUAAAAAAUAAAAAGGUGUUAUGUCAACUGAGCCGUCAUUAUAUAGAAUAAUACAUUCAAAGCCAAAAGUUGAAAACUGCACUAAAAGACAUCAUAGAGCUGAAGGCGACCGGAUUGGCUUUUACUAGUUUCUACAUUUCAAGCUCGACAUUAGAAGACAAACGAGUAAUUUGAGGCUCAUCUGUAUCAGUCACAUCAGUGAAUUUUCCUUCGUAUUUCUAUGUCUCUUCUCAGAUAAAUGGGUGGAUAAGGAGGUGUGACCAUGUAUGAUGUCAUUUCCUUUGAGAGGCUAAAAUAAACACAACAGACAAAACAGUUCCCUCAGAAAACGCUUCUUUUCUUAGCCGACACAGAAAUAGCAGCAGUCAGACUCUUUGCCGUUCAGCUGUCAGUGAGUCCAACCUGUACAGCUGCUCUCAGAGAGAUGGAGCAUGAGAUAUGGAGACGCUGGGUGGGGGUGGGAAACAGUGAAGAAAAACAACAUCAGGUUUUUGUGUAGUGUUUUCUCACAGUGGGGACAGGGGGCCACGGUGAUAAAUUCCCAUAGACCUGCCGUACAAAAACCUCCUCCCAUUGACACCCAUUGUGUAGAUGGCUGUUUGUAACCUGGGGCUCUCGAUGGAGCAGAAAACAUCAACACUCUGAAGGUGUGUUUGAUGUCAGGUCACACUGGCACUGGAAAGAUGAUAACAAUGAAGAAUUUGGCUGAAACACAGUCUUACAUUUUUAUAUAUUUCAUUAAAAUGGAGGAUUGUUUAACUUUGGUUGUAUAAAACAAAGCAGAUUUGGAAAGAUGAAGCUCAUCCCACAGGAUUUAACCUUUUUUCAUCCUCUGGAUUAUUAGGCUGUGUCCUAACUUUAUGUUUAUGGGAUGUUUUGUGACUUUUUGGUGAAGGAGACAGU